AUGGAAAUAAUAAAUAAUCAAUUAUUCAAUAAUAAUAAUAAUAAUAAUAAUAAUAAUAAUAAUAAUAAUAGUAAUACUAAUAAUAGUAAUGAUACAAGUACUUCAAUGAAAAUAGAUAAAUCAGAUAAAUUACCAUGUAUUCAUGAUUGUAAAUUAUCAAUACCUAAAUUAUAUAAAGCUAAAAUAACACCCGAUUGGAUUAUAACUAUAUGUUCAGAGAUAUGGACAAGAUUAUUAUCAUCAUUUGAAUUAAAUUCUAAUGAUAAUAUUAUAUAUCAUCAAAUAUCUGGUUCAAAUUUAAUUAAUUAUUUAAUGAUUUAUGAAAAUAAAACAGAUCGUAAUUUAAUAUGUGGUUUAUGGCAAUUAUUAUUAGAUGAAAAUGCAAUUGAACCAAUUCUAUCAAUAAAUAAUGAUAAAACAUUAAAUUCUAUUGAAUUCUAUGAUCGUGAUGAUGUUUUUUAUAUAUGUACAUGUAUAAAACAGAAACGUUUAUCUAUUGAUGAAGCUAUAGUAACGAAUGAAAUUUAUUCACAUAUAAAUCAAUCAAAUAUAGAACAUAAUCAUGAUUUAUUAAAAUUUAUUAAUAAUUUAUCAUAUAAUAAAUCUAAUGAAUAUAUCAAUAUAAAUAAUGAUCAUAAUCAUAAAAUAGAUGGUUAUCAUAUAUUAAUUGAUAAAUUAUAUCGUCUUGCACCUGAAGCAUUAUUUCGUAAAAUAUUACAAAAAUUACCAUCAAAUAGAACUGAAAAUGAAUUAGAAUAUGUAUAUCAAGAAUUAUUAUUAGUACCAGCAUUAUCAUCAUUUUCUAUAUCUGUUAAACAAGAAUUAUGUAAAUGUUUAUAUUAUGAAGUACAUGAAAAUGCAUUAGAUAUUGUAUUUUAUCAAGGUGAUCCUGGUAUAUCAUGGUAUAUUAUAUAUCAUGGUAGUGUAUGGAUUCAUAUUAAUGAUCAAGGUUAUAUAUGUCAUCUUAAUGAAGGUGAUGAUUUUGGUAAAUUAUCAUUAAUAACAGAUAAACCAAGAGCAGCUAGUAUAUUAUUAGCUGAAAAUAAUUGUCAUUUUCUUAAAUUAUAUAAAAAUGAUUUUAAUAGAAUAUUACGUAAUGUUGAAGCAAAUACAGUACAUUUAAAAAAUAAUAAUUCUGAUGUUUUAAUAUUAGAACGUAUACCAGAUAAUAAAUUAUUCAUUCAAUUACAAAAUAAUCUAUUACACAAUAAUAAUAAUAAUAAUAAUAAUAAUAAUAAUAAUAAUAAUGAUCAAUUAAUCAAUAAAUUAACUGAUUAUAAUUAUUCAAUUAUAGCUGGUACUAUUGAACAUAUACUUUAUCAUUUAUUAGAAAAUUGUUUAAAUGAUUUAAAUAAUCAAUUAAAAUUGAUUAUUAAUAAUCAAUUAUAUCCAUCAUAUUUAUAUCCACAUACACCAUAUAAUAUUGAUCAAACAUGGCAAAUAUUUUUUUUAACAUAUAAAUUAUUUACAACAAAUAAUGAAAUUUUAUUAUUUUUAUAUAAAUAUUUAGGUUGUAAUAAACCAUUAGAAACUAUACAUGAAACUAAUAAUAACAAUAACAAUAAUAAUAAUAAUAAUAAUAAUAAUAAUAAUAAUAAUAGUAAUAAUGUUCAUGAAUAUGAUCAACCAUGGGAAUUCCCCAAUAAUUUCCAAUUUGAUAUCACUAGAGUAUGUCGUGUUACUAUAUUAUUUUAUAUAUGGCGUUAUUGUCUUGGUUUAUUUAUAUUUGCUAAUCAAAUAGAAGUGAAUCAAUUUAUAAUAAAUUUAAAAAUAGCAAUAAGUAAUCGAAAUAAUAUAGAAAAAAUAAAUCAUCAUAAUAAAAUCAAUAUAUUACAUAAUCCAUUAGAUAAUCAAUCAUCAUCAUCAUCAUCACCACCACCACCACAACAACAACAACAACAAGAACAACAAUCAUCAUCAUUAUCAUCAUCACCACCACCACAACAACAACAAGAAGAACCACAAACAAAUUAUCCAUUAUAUUUAAUUUGUUUAAAUAAACUUAUUAAAAAAAAUGAAAAAUUAUUAAAUAUUAAACCAAUGAUUGUAAAACAACAUAAUAUAUUAUCGAAUUUUUUACAUUUUCCAUAUCAUUUUUUACGUACAUUACCAUUUGUUUGUAAUACUAGUACUAAUACUAAUCAUAAUAAACGUGGAAUUACUAAAAUGAAUAAAACUCAGUUAGCAACCAGUAGUGAACAUAGUGAUUCAUUCAUAACUACUACUACUACUACUCCUACGGCGACGACGACAAUUACUACCAGCAUUAGUACUACUACUACGACGACUACGGCUACUACUACUACUACUACCAUUAGUACUAGUACUUCUACUACUAAUUAUGUAAAAUCAUUAAAUAAUCAAGAUAUCUCUAAUAUAUCUAAUGAACAACAUGAUACAGAAAUAAAAUCAAUACCUGAUCUUUUAUUUGAUUUACAUAUUUCACCAAAUACAUUACCAUUAAUUCAAUCAAUACAUACAGUAACAUUUAAAAUUUAUAUUACUGAAUUAACAAAACAAAUUAAUAUUACUGUACCAAUUGAAACAAAUGUAUAUGAAAUUAAACAAUUAUUAAUUACUAAUAAUAAAUUAAUUAAAUCUAAUAUAAAUGAAUUAAAAUUAAUUGAAGUAUUCUCUAAAGGUGAUUGGAUUAUAUAUCAAGAUUAUGAAUGUGGAUUUAUGUUUAAUUUAUUACCAAAUAGUAGAUUAUUUUUAACAACAGAAUAUCAAAUUCAAAGUUUAAUUCCAUUACCUGAACAAUUAAUAGUAACAAUGAAUUUUUUAGAAUUAAAUAAUUUAGAUCGUAUUAAAAAUAUACAUCAAUAUGAUCAUUUAUUAUUAUUAAAAAAAAAUAAAUCAAUAAAAAAUACAAUUAAUUUAUUAGAUGAAUUAACUAUUAAUGAAUUAGCUACAAUAUUAUCAUAUUGUCAUGUACAAUUAGCUAUAUGUAUACAUCCACAAGAAUUAUUAGAUUAUGUUAUUGGUGAUAAUAAUAAUAAUAAUAAUAAUAAUAAUAAUAAUAAUAAUAAUAAUAAUAAUAAUAAUAAUAAAAUAAAUAAACCAUGUUCCCAUAUUCGUACAUUUGUAAAACGUUUUAGUUUAUUACAUGCAUGGACAAUAACACAAAUUAUAACCACAUGUAAUUUAACUAAACGUGCUAAUAUUAUUAAAAAAUUAAUUAAAUUAGCUUAUUGUCUUAUAUCAUCACCAUUAUAUGAUUUAUAUAGUUCAUUUGCAAUUAUAUUAGGUUUACAAAAUUCAUCAAUUACACGUUUAUUACAUACAUGGGAACGUGUACCUAAUCGUUGGCGUCGUUUAUUUAAUGAUAUAUUAUUACCAUUAACAGAUCCAUCUAAAAAUCAUAGAACAGCACGUAUAUGGAAUAAUUAUAAUGAUAAUAAUUUUAUAAUUAAUAAUAAUAUCAUUAAUAUACCAAGAUUACCAUUUUUACCAUUAAUAUUAAAAGAUUUAAGAUUUGCUGAAGAUGCUAAUCAAACUGAUUAUCAUAAAACAGAUCAUGAUCAUGAUCAUAAUAAUAAUAAUAAUAAUAAUAAUAAUAAUAAUCGAUUAAUCAAUUUUAAUAAAAUGAGACUAAUUUCAUCAAGUUUACGUUUAUGGAUUAAUUGUAUAUCUGGUUAUGAAUUAAUACAUCCAUAUAAUCAAUUUAUUUAUUCUGAUAUAAAUAAAAUCAAUAAUUCAUUAUUAACUAAUAUAACAGUACAAAAAUUACUUGAAGUACCUAAUGAAUCAAAAAUAUUUGUAUUAGAACAUUUAGAAUGUAUUGAUGAUCCAAAAAUUAUAACACAAUUAUCAUUAAGAUUAGAACCUAAAAAAUAAUCAAUUAUCAAUUAAUCAAUUAAUCAAUCAAUAUGGAACAAUCAGUUCAUGUUUUCCUUUGAUUUGUAAAUAUAUAUAUCUAUAUUACUAAUUAUCCAUAAAAGUAUUAUACACCAAAGGAUAGUCUCGUAAAAAAUAUAUAUAUAUAUAUAUAUAUA